AUUUCCAUUUGCCAUUUGCCAAGUGCCAACACUAAAAAGAUAAAAGGUGGAAGAGAGGAAGGUGGAGAUAGAUUACUUCCAAUCUGAAUCCUCCAAUGAAUCAUCAGUUUCAAGUAUCAGAUGAAGAAGAUGGAUCAGAAGAAGAAGAGGAGGAGGAAGAGGAAGUUUUUCAAGAAAACGGCAUUAGAAACCUUCAAAAUCACUACCAAAACCAGCAGAUGCCACAGUCACUCUGCAAAAAGCCAGCAAAAUGGGCUAAUUUCACAGUACGUGAACAAGAAUUGAACAAAGGGACAAGAAUAAUGAAGCCAAAGAGAGCUAAAACAGAUGUUAUAGAAGGCCAUGGAGGCCGAAUUAUUCGAGCCACAGGAAGGAAAGACAGGCACAGUAAGGUAUCAACUGCAAAAGGUCCGAAGGAUCGACGAGUUAGGCUUUCACCAAACACUGCAAUUCAGUUCUAUGAUGUGCAAGAUAGGCUUGGCUAUGACCGUCCAAGUAAGGCUAUUGAUUGGCUGAUUAAAGAAGCUAAAGCUGCAAUUGAUGCUCUUGGUGAGUUCCCUAAUAAUUUUCACUGUACUAAACUUAAUCCCAAAAAAAUGCAGUAUUCAUUUGAUCAAGAACAGAGUCCAAGAUUUAGCCAAGAAAACAGAGGUGUUCAAAAUUCUGAAUAUGGAGUUCAAGACAACCAGCAAGAGGUGAAUUAUGACAUCCCAAUUCAGAAUUUUAACUUGUUUUCAUCAUCUGAUGGUUUCAAGAUUCCAUUUUUAAGUGAGUUACAGAGCUACCCACAUGGGCAUUUUCUCAAUUUCCAGUCUUUACAGGAUGACACAAUCCUAUCCUCUGGUAAUCAUCAUCAUCAAGGCAGUUUCUUAACCACCACUUCAGUUAAUCAUUUCCCAUCAGUUUUAAGUCAAAAUCAGGUGUUUUCUCACAGGGAACCCCUUCAGUCCAGUUUCUUCCCUCUAAUGAGUGAUCCAUUAAGCACACAACUUGAGACCCUUUCAUAUGGAUUUGCCAAUGAUGGUUUCUCAGGACUAACUUCUAGUGCUUCAAGAAUUCAAGGGGAAGAGGAGCAGGCUACAUUUUUUUCUGCUUCUUGACCCACUGCCUCUGCAUUAUCAAGAUUCAAGACUAGCAUAUCUUUUCAGAAUCUUCUUCACUUCUCUCAGGAGCUGAAAACUUUGUUGAGUGUGAUGUAAUGCAGAAUUUCUUAUGUUAUUAUUAUUUUUAAGUUUCUGUAAAAUUAUUAUUCUUGUAAUUUUGCCUCCUUAAUUGGAUGAUCAGCUCCUCAUCAAAA